GCGGAGCGUCCUGAGGCUCCCGAGGCUCCCGCCGCCCCCGCUCCAGGUCCUGCCGCCCGCACACCGGCUCCCCGCCGCCACCGGGCCAGGCAGCGGCACCGGCACCAUGUCGGUGGCGGGGCUGAAGAAGCAGUUCUACAAAGCGACCCAGCUGGUCAGCGAGAAGGUCGGAGGGGCCGAAGGGACCAAGUUAGAUGAUGACUUCAAGGAGAUGGAAAAGAAAGUGGACGUGACCAGCAAGGCUGUCACAGAAGUGCUGACCAGAACCAUAGAGUACCUCCAGCCCAACCCAGCUUCCAGAGCCAAGCUCACCAUGCUCAACACGAUGUCCAAGAUCCGCGGGCAGGUGAAGAACCCCGGCUACCCCCAGUCCGAGGGGCUGCUGGGGGAGUGCAUGAUCCGCUAUGGGAAGGAGCUGGGAGAGGAUUCCAACUUUGGGGACGCGCUCCUCGACGCCGGCGAAUCCAUGAAGCGCCUGGCGGAGGUGAAGGACUCGCUGGACAUCGAGGUCAAACAAAACUUCAUUGAUCCCCUGCAGAACCUGUGUGACAAGGACCUGAAAGAGAUCCAGCACCACCUCAAGAAGCUGGAAGGGAGGCGCCUGGACUUCGACUACAAGAAGAAGCGGCAGGGCAAGAUCCCCGACGAGGAGCUGCGACAGGCCAUGGAGAAGUUUGAGGAGUCCAAGGAAGUGGCAGAGACCAGCAUGCACAACCUCCUGGAGACAGAUAUCGAGCAGGUGAGCCAGCUGUCAGCCCUGGUGGAUGCCCAGCUGGAUUACCACAGGCAGGCCGUGCAGAUCCUGGACGAGCUGGCCGAGAAGCUCAAGCGCAGGAUGAGGGAGGCCUCCUCACGUCCCAAGCGGGAAUACAAACCCAAGCCCAGGGAGACCUACGACUUCAGGGAGCCUGACCAGUCCAACGGGGGCUUCUCCUGCAACCCCACCCCCAAAGCCUCAGCAGCUUCCGCCUCUUUCCGGUCGGACAAGCCGUCCCGGGCCUCCGUCAGGAGUAUCCCCCCCCUGGACCAGCCCUGCUGCAAAGCCCUCUACGACUUCGAGCCCGAGAACGACGGCGAGCUGGGCUUCAAGGAGGGCGACAUCAUCACCCUGACGAACCAGAUCGACGAGAACUGGUACGAGGGGAUGAUCCACGGCCAGUCCGGCUUCUUCCCGCUCAACUACGUGGAAGUGCUGGUCCCGCUACCUCAGUGAAACGGCGCCGCUCCGCCCCGAGUGUCCCGAGCUCCAUUCCAGCUCCAGCCCCGCCCUCCCCGCCUCCCCUCGGGGCCAGGCGCUACCAGGGAACAAACCAGAAGGGUCCCACGGCCCCUUCCCCACGUGAAUUUGGUUCUUUUCUUUUUUUUUUUUUCUUUUUUUUGUCCUUCUGGUGCUUGAACUUCGGUACUUUGUGCGCCCCCAGCCCCGGCCGUGCCACCGGCACUGCCCUGUCCCUGUCCUUGUCCCUGUCCCUCCCCACUUCCCGUCUUUCCUGUGGGUCCAGCGCGUGGAUGAGGCAGGUGGGAGAGCCAGGAUGUGUCCCAGGACGGGUGGCACAGCCAGGAUGUGUCCUGGGCACAGGUGACACAGCCAGGAUGUGUCCCAGGCACAGGGGUGACCCCAGUGGCACAGCCAGGAUAUGUCCUGGGUUCAGGGGGCACAGCCAGGAUGUGUCCUGGGCACAGGGGGCACAGCCAGGAUGUGUCCCAGGACGGGUGGCACAGCCAGGAUGUGUCCUGGGCACGGGUGGCACAGCCAGGAUGUGUCCUGGGCACAGGGAUGGCCCCAGGGCAGGGCAGCCCCAGCCCCACCUUCCCGCCCCAGCCAAGGCUGCCCCUGUCCCCAUGGAUCCCAGAGGGAUCCCAGAGGGAUCAGGGGAGGGGAGCUGGGGCACAGCAACACUAAAACACCCAGAGAACACUAACACAGCCCUGCAGGGCAGGAGCUGAGCCCUGCCUGGGGCUCAGAGCCAUCCCUGGCGCUCAGAGCCAUCCCUGCCCACCCUGGAGGGACAGCAGGGAUGUCCCCUGCCCGCCUGGCCCCCUCCCCACAGAGCUCAACCCCAGGACGGGGGGCUGCUCCUUCUGCCCGUGGUUUUUUCCUGGACCUCAGGCUUUUCCUGCUCCAAACUCUCCCAAGUCAGUCCCACCUGGAGGAUCACCUGCAAGGGGAGGAGCUGGGCCAUAGCCCAGGCUGUCUCUGUGGUGGGGCAGAGGUCACAGCUCCUCUGCCCUUCCUGGGAAUCCCUCCUGUGGCUGGAGCUCACCUGGCCCUCAGGUGCCUUCCCUGCACCCCCAGCCUGCCCCAGGCACCCUCCCUGGGGCCCAGGCCCCCUCUGCCCCUGCACUGCUGGGAGAAGGGAUGGUUCAUCUCGGUGGCUCUUCUGCCAGCCCUUCUCCCUCAGCUGUUCUUUCCCUGGCCAGGAGGUGGGCACGGGCUUGGGGUGGGGCUGCAGGGCAGCAUUUGCUGGGCUCUGUGGUGUCCCUCGCUGCAAAAGCGGGUUCUGCCUCUCGUGGGGCUGGGAUGGGCCCUGCUGGGUGAGCCCCAGCUGUGCAGGGCUGUGCUGCAGCACCCCUGUCCCUGUCCCUGUCCCUGUCCCUGCUGCUCUGUGAGCCCCAGCUGUGCAGGGCUGUGCUGCAGCACCCCUGUCCCUGUCCCUGUCCCUGUCCCUGUCCCUGCUGCUCCUGCUCCCGUUCUCUGUAAGGAUUUGGUCCGUGCAUGUCCACGUGUGUCUGACCCCCCCAGCAGUGACCCCGGCCCCGGGGGGGGGCACAGGGCAGCCCCCCCUGCUCCCAGCAGGGCAGGGAGCCCAGGGGACCGGAGUCCUGGGGGCCCUUCCCUCUGUCCCCUCCCCGGUGGGGGACACUGGCUCCCGCUCAGGUGGAUUGAAAUGCGUUCUCUCAGCUGGGACACCUUGCUAGAUCUUUUUUUUUGGGUUUUGUUUGUUUUGGGUUAUUUUGGUUUUUUGUUUUUUUUUUUUUAAUGGUUUCUCCUGGUUUUUAGGGGAAAGAAAUGAUGACCCACAAUUCUUGACUUGUAUCUCUGAAUGAAAGUAUUAAAUGUUUUCUUCUUUCUAA